UCAGUGUCCGGGAGAAGGCGCUGAAUGGUGCCGGGGCUGGGAAGUUUCCGCGACCCGCUGGGGAUCAUCAGGCGGCUCCACAUCAUCCGAACAGAAGCGGGGGGGUGAGUGUAGGGGCUGCCCGGGAUCCAGCAUCCUCACCCCGCAAGAGCACCACCGCAGCCCCGGGUUCUGCGCGCGGCCCCCCCGGUGCCGUGGCUGGGUCCGGCCCCCGUGUGCUGGAGUCUUGGGGAUGGCGUUGGGGGCCCGGCUGCUCCUGCUGCUCCUGCUGCUCCAAGUCCUGUUACCCCUGGCGGUGCCGGAAUACCCCGAGGAGGAUGGCGGCUGGGAGAUGAAUCGUUACGCGUCGGUGCAGGAAGAGGAGCGAUGUACGGUGGAGAAGGUGGACGCCUCCAUUUCCUACGCGGAGUUCAUGCACCGGUACGCGUACGGCAGACCCGUCAUCCUCCGGGGGAUCACAGAUAACGCGGCGUUCCGCUCUCUUUGCACCAAGCGGAAUCUUCUCCGGGAGUACGGGGAGCGGAGGGUCCGGCUGAGUACGGCCAACACCUAUUCCUAUGAAAAGGUCGACGUGCCGUUCCGGGAAUUCGUGGACCAUUUAUUGAAACCCCAGGAUCUAAACUCACUGGGCUGUGACACCCUCUAUUUUUUCGGGGACAAUAACUUCACGGAGUGGGGCGCCCUGUUCCAGAGAUACACCCCGCCACCGUUCCGGAUCCCGGGCACAAGCGGCGCGUACAGCUUUGGGAUUGCCGGCUCUGGCACAGGGGUUCCGUUUCACUGGCACGGCCCCGGAUACUCUGAAGUCAUAUACGGCAGGAAGCGCUGGUUUCUCUAUCCUCCCGAUAGGACGCCGGAAUUCAAUCCGAAUAAAACAACCCUCUCCUGGCUGCUGGACAUUUACCCCUUCCUCCCCGAGACGGAGCGCCCCGUCGAGUGCACCAUACGGCCGGGCGAGGUGCUGUAUUUCCCCGACCGCUGGUGGCACGCCACGCUCAACCUGGACACCAGCGUCUUCAUCUCCACGUUCCUCGGAUGAGCGAAGGCCGCGGGUCCGGCUUCCCCCGC